AUGGCGAACUGGGCCAAGGCUUUUCGUGGAAAAAAGGUCCAUGGAGAAUAUGACAUAAAGGUUGAGCAGGCAGAAUUUUCAGAAAUCAACUUGAUAGCUCAUGCUGAUGGCAACUAUGCAGUAGAUAUCCAAGUGUUUCGAAAUGGCACCAAGGUUGUCAGGUCCUUCAGGCCUGAUUUCGUCCUCGUCCGACAACACUCCUUCAGCAUGGCAGAAAAUGAAGAUUUCCGUAACCUGAUCAUCGGAAUGCAGUAUGCAGGCAUCCCCAGUGUCAACUCCCUGGAGUCAAUCUAUAACUUCUGUGACAAACCCUGGGUGUUUGCACAGCUGGUGUCUGUCUACAAAACUUUGGGUCCAGAGAAGUUCCCUUUAAUUGAGCAGACCUUCUACCCGAAUCACAAGGAAAUGCUAACAAUGCCAACAUUUCCUGUGGUGGUGAAGAUUGGACAUGCUCAUUCAGGCAUGGGAAAGAUCAAGGUAGACAACCACUACGAUUUUCAGGACAUAGCCAGCGUGGUAGCACUCACUCAGACCUACGCCACCACCGAGCCCUUCAUAGACUCCAAAUAUGACAUCAGGAUCCAAAAGAUAGGCAGUAACUACAAAGCAUACAUGAGAACUUCCAUAUCCGGAAACUGGAAGACAAACACGGGCUCUGCCAUGUUGGAACAAAUUGCUAUGUCAGAUAAGUACAAGCUUUGGGUUGACACCUGUUCUGAAAUAUUUGGUGGUUUGGACAUCUGUGCUGUUAAAGCUGUACAUGGAAAGGAUGGAAAAGAUUAUAUUUUUGAGGUCAUGGACUGUGCAAUGCCUCUGAUUGGGGAGCAUCAGACUGAAGACAGGCAACUUAUCACUGAUCUAGUCGUAAGCAAAAUGAACCAAAUGUUGUCCAAAACUCCCAUACCAUCUCCUCAGAGACCCACUGCCACUCAGCAGCCUCAGAGUGGAUCACUAAAGGAGCCAGAGCCAAACAAAAUCCCACCUCAGCGACCACCACCUCAAGGGGGCCCAGUGCAACCCCAAGGAAUGCAAUCCCAAAGCCAGGAGCCAUUGCAGCCACAGCGCAUGUACCCCCCUGGGCAGGCAGCAAAGCCCUCAACUUCCCAGCCACAGAGGCCACCUGGACCCACCACUCAGCAGCCACGGCCACCUGGACCCACCACUCAGCAGCCACGUCCCCAGGCCCAAGGUCCUUCCAGAUUAUCAAAGGAAGCAGAGCCACAGCCUGCUCCAAAGCCUGCUCCAAAGCCUGCUCCACAGACAGCUCCAAAGCCUACUCCGCAGCAAGCUCCAAAGCCUGCUCCACAACCAGCUCCUAAGCCUGCUCCAAAGCCUGCUCCACAGUCAGCUCCAAAGCCUGCUCCAAAGCCUGCUCCACAGCAAGCUCCAAAGCCUGCUCCACAGCAAGUUCCACAGCCAGCGUCACAGCCUGCUUCCCAGCCUGCUCCACAGCCAGCUCCACAGCCAACUCCACAGCCAGCUCCACAGCCUGCUCCCCAACAGAAGCCUCAGUCUCAUCCACAGCUGAACAAGUCGCAGUCUUUGACAAAUGCCUUCAGUUUCACAGAGUCAUCCUUCUUCCGAUCGUCUGUGAAUGAAGAUGAAGCAAAAGCUGAAACGAUUCGAAACUUGAGGAAAUCCUUUGCCAGUCUUUUUUCUGAUUAGCCAGCUUCAUCACAAGGCACCUAGCAUCUAGUCUAAACACCACGUGAAUGUUACAUAGGUUUUGUUUUCCCUGUGGCAGUACCCUUCUCUGCUGUGCUAACUGUUGUAUUCAGCAAUAUGUUAAAGUUACAAAAAAAAAAAAAAAAAAAAAAAAAAAGAAAAAAAAAAACCCCAUACAGAAGGACUUUGAUGAGAUACCAUUCAGGAAUGUGUGUAAAAAUGUAUAAAGAAGGAAGGGUUCCAUUACUGACACAAAAUGCAGAAUUCUGAGGUCCUUAUCCAUUGUAAUAUUGUGGCCUUACUGUGACUGAACUAUAUACUCCAUUUGAGGCGCCUUUGUAGACCUGUGUUCAUAAAGCAUUGAGUAAUGGGCUUCUCCUUGCUUUACCCAUUGCCAGUGCAUUGCAAUGCAUGUGUAUUUUGUGUGUAAAUGUUUUGUAUUGCAAAAGUAUAGUCUUGACUUGUUCUGGCCUCCCAGAGGCAGGAGGCAGUUCACACUGACAUUCUUGUCAAGCCACAUGAAUGAUGUGAGAAAUUGAUGCCCUUUCUUCCUCCUUAUACCAUCUUUCCAUCAGCUGGUUGUAGACUUCUGAUGUAUUGCUGAGAGUUACCAGUACACUAAUUUAAUGUCAUAAAUAGAGUGUGUAUGUACUACUGUAUCUCCAUACGUCUAUUUCUUUCCAAAUUGUAACCAUAACUGGGUUUAGUUGCAAAGAAUAUGCAUGAUGUUACCCUUAUUUUUGUGAGCACCUUCUAAUAAAUGUAAAGUCCCAUGCCUGAUU